AGCCCAGGGCUCCCGCCCUAGCUCCAGCUUAGAGCAUCAGGUGGGACCUAUGGCACAGGCAGAAGAGGCUGAGGGAUCUCUCUCGGACCUGCAGCGCAUGAACCAUCCGAUCGGUGGUCCCAGUGCGUUUGCAGGUUCCUGUAGAGACAGUCAGCUUGGAGGCAGAACUCCCAGGGCACACGUAGCACCCCUCUGUGCUAUGCACUAAUCUGGCUUCCAAGGGACACUCAGCAGGCCUCGGAGAGGCCCGGGUCCCCCAGACGUGGCAGUCCGGGCCCCCCACCUCACAGACUACAAGUCCCAGCAGCACCCGCAGCUAGUACCUCCUGCCAAGCCGCGGAGACCCCCGUCGGUCCCAGCCGCGGGGAGUGCGCUGUGCUGGGGCCGAGCCGGGUAGGGAGGCCGGUCCCGCGGGCGGGGGCGGGGCCGGCUCCGCGGCUUCUCCCGCCGCCGCCGCCGCCAAGGGGAGUUUCCAGGAAGUGGCCAUAUUGGAUCCAUUCAGCCGCAGCCGCCCGGGCGGAGCGCGUCCCGCAGCCGGCUCAUCCCCGCCGCGGCCCCGGCGUUCCCCGCAACCCGCCCGCCCGGUGCGCAGCUCGCCAUGGCGGCCACCGACUUGGAACGCGUCUCGAACGCAGAGCCUGAGCCCCGGAGCCUGUCCCUGGGCGGCCAUGUUGGGUUUGACAGCCUCCCUGACCAGCUGGUCAGCAAGUCAGUCACUCAGGGCUUCAGCUUCAACAUACUCUGUGUGGGCGAAACUGGGAUUGGCAAGUCCACGCUAAUGAACACACUCUUCAACACGACCUUUGAGACUGAAGAAGCCAGUCACCAUGAAGAGUGUGUGCGCCUGCGGCCUCAGACCUAUGACCUCCAAGAGAGUAACGUUCAUCUCAAGCUGACCAUCGUGGAUGCUGUGGGCUUUGGCGAUCAGAUCAAUAAGGAUGACAGGCCCAUAGUUGACUACAUCGACGCGCAGUUUGAAAACUAUCUGCAGGAGGAGUUGAAGAUCCGCCGUUCCCUCUUUGACUAUCACGACACGAGGAUCCAUGUUUGCCUCUACUUCAUCACGCCCACCGGGCACUCCCUGAAGUCCCUGGAUCUGGUGACCAUGAAGAAACUAGAUAGCAAGGUGAAUAUAAUCCCCAUCAUUGCCAAGGCUGACACCAUCUCCAAGAGCGAGCUCCACAAGUUCAAAAUCAAGAUCAUGGGUGAGCUGGUCAGCAACGGAGUCCAGAUCUACCAGUUUCCCACCGAUGACGAGGCUGUCGCCGAGAUUAAUGCAGUCAUGAACGCACACCUGCCUUUUGCCGUGGUGGGCAGCACAGAGGAGGUGAAGGUGGGGAAUAAGCUGGUUCGAGCACGACAGUACCCUUGGGGUGUGGUGCAGGUGGAGAAUGAGAAUCACUGUGACUUCGUGAAGCUGCGGGAGAUGCUGAUCCGGGUGAACAUGGAGGACCUGCGCGAGCAGACCCACAGCCGGCACUACGAGCUCUACCGCCGCUGCAAGUUGGAGGAGAUGGGCUUCCAGGACAGUGACGGUGACAGCCAGCCCUUCAGCCUCCAAGAGACAUAUGAGGCAAAGAGGAAGGAGUUCCUAAGCGAGCUGCAGAGGAAGGAGGAAGAGAUGCGACAGAUGUUUGUCAACAAAGUCAAGGAGACAGAGCUUGAGCUGAAGGAGAAGGAACGGGAGCUCCAUGAGAAGUUUGAGCACCUGAAGCGAAUCCACCAGGAGGAGAAGCGCAAGGUAGAGGAGAAGCGCAGGGAGCUGGAAGAGGAGACCAACGCCUUCAACUGCCGGAAGGCGGCCAUGGAGGCCCUGCAGUCACAGGCCUUGCAUGCCACUUCACAGCAGCCUCUGAGGAAAGACAAGGACAAGAAGAAAUUUUGACCCUCAGCCCGGGACGCCACAAACUGAAGCGAGUUCCCUGCUUUGCUCGUCACAAAUGCCAAACUGACUGCUCUUUCCCAGUGCCCAGUGCUGUCUUUUGCUUCUGUUUGAUUUGGUCUGCGUAUCUUUUAAUGUGUCUGUUUUGUUUUGUUUGUUUCGUUUUUAUUUUUCAGUUAAAGCACGCACAGACAUACAUGUCGAGAGCGGACUUUAGGCUUUCAUGUGUUAAACCGCUUGAGUUACACCUUGUGACCCUUCUCCCAUAACAUGGUGUGAGGACGGACUGGGAGCCGGUACAGACUCCAGUGUUUACAGCUUUGCCAUGUCCCCACCUGCUGGCCUCAGGCUGCCUGGGCCUGGCCAGCUAUCCUUCUCUAUGCAAAUGCGUCAAAGCCAUGACUGCUGGAACCCAAAACUGACAAGGUUUAUUUUUUCCAGAGCCGGUGGCUGGUCUUCCAUUUACAGUGUCACUAUUCCUUGAUGGAGCAGUUAUGUGCCCGCUCUGGUGAUGGCCCCAGCCAGUGAUGCUAGGCCUAAUUGUUCAUCAUCAAGCCGGCGACUCAUGUGGUGCCUGCCCUAGGCGUGGCCUGCGGUCUGGCAGAUCCGUGCUACAGAAUUCGCCUGGUUCCUCUCUAUUUUAAUUUUUCUAACCUAGAGCUUAAUUUCAAUAACUUUUUCAACAGUUCUAAAUUUUUAUUUUUGGCACCAGUAUAAAGACAAAUAAUAUCUAUCGCUCCCAUUAUUUUCAUAAGUAACACAGAUUCCCUGAUUUUUUUUUUUAAAAAACUAAAAAGAUCUCUAAACCUUCUUACAUAGAAAGCAUCCCUAUAAUCUAUAGGGAGAGGCGGGGAAUAAAGUGCCUAUUCUGCCAGUGUCUGGGACUUCUUUAUGGACAGAAGGGGACCCUGAUGAGACCACGCCCGGCGUUUUUACUGUGAAUGUAAAUGGAACAGCAGCCCCAGACCCUUGUCUCUGCCCUAGAGGUGCUACCUGUGACAGGGACCAAGUGCAUGUGUGUUCAGUGUUUGACUCCAAAACAGCUGCCUGCUCCCUCAGUGUGCUCGGUGGGGAGAGGGCCGUCACGUCAAGGUCAUUGUUACUGCUUCCCUGGCUGAGUCACAGGGCAGGGAAAUAAAGAAGUCUGGAGUGUUAGGACGGUUUGAGAGGGAAGGAGAGAGAGAAGAAAGACGAACCACUUGAGACUGAGACUGUCCCCUCCAGCUGUGCUGUACUUCCAGGUGCGCACUUUAAAGAAAGUGGCCACCAGGUGUGAUGGUGCAGUCCUAUAGUAACCGAGCUUGCACUCGGGAGGUAGGAAGCCAGAGGCCAGCCUCAAGGUGGCCAUGUCGAGGUGAGGCCAGCUUGGGCUAUCCGAGACGCUGUCAGCCAUUUUGCUCUGUUCCUGGUAGUGUGCAGACCUCGGGGUUGAGAACGGGGUGAAGAUGAAUGUCCUUAGUGUUGGUGCAGCACCAGCCUGGGCUCUGGGCUCCUCACCGAGACUCAGAGGCCACACUGAUUUGUGCUGCAUCCAGACCCCCGUCUCCCUCCCCACCACCAUUCCUUGCUUCCUGCCCAGCCCGCUUCACUUCUCCCGGGACCAUCCUGAUAUGGCGGUUCAUUCAGAAUGACCUGGAGGGGAAGGUGGGUGGGCGUUCUCUAAGGCACAACACCCCAAAGGCCGACUGUACCCAUGAGAGGUGCCUCACAGCAGGAGACUAAGAUCUGUUGAUGCUCUGAGGAAAACUCCCCCAUGACCAGGGUGGAUUCUGGCUUCAAGGCUGGACACCUGAACUAUUUACAAAGACAGUUUUAAGAAUAUGAAAUUAAGUUCAGGGCCCCGGAAGCUUCUUGAGCGACAUAGCCAGUCCGCCUCUGGUCAUGGCAGAACUGAUGCUGGACUUUGGUAUCUGAGGCAGAGGUGAACUGCAGGCCAGUGGCUCCUCUUGGGGAAAUUGUGUAUGUAUUCACUUAGGUCAAAGCCUGACCUUCGAGCAACCUCUCCUAGCCAAUAUAUUAUUCCAGAGACCAGGAUGACCUAGCAGGCAGGUCCACUGGUUGUAUAAAAGACAGGAUUGCAGGCUCACAAUCCAUGCAGAGAACUCUGAAGCCAGCAAAUUGUACCACCAUCCCCCGCUGCUCACCAAACAUGGGCGUACUGGAAGGCUGUUAUACUCAGUGCCCGCCUUUGACCUAAAGCUGGCCAGCAUCCCUGGGGAAACCUGACUUGCAAUUUCUAGAGUUUAAGAUCUUCCCAUCGGCUGUGGCAAGCUCUUCCCCUGUGUGGAAUUUUGUUAUCUUUAUUUAGCUGAGGUUAAAUUAAUCUCUGUUGUGCAAGAAAAACAUGAAGCUUGCCCCUCGAGGGAUCUACUCCUGUUUUUCCCGUCAUCUGUUGGCUUCAGGAGGACUGCCAUAAAGUCCCAUUGACAUUUACUCUUAUGUCUUUCUCUGGUCAUUCUGUUUUGUGGUACAAUCACCGUGUAAGUUAUGGUCUAAACCUGUCCUUUUGAGAGAGAAAAAGAUACUGUUGAUAAUCCUGUCAGCUCCUUAGGCACUUCGGAGGCUGAGGCAGGAGAAUCAAAAAUUCAAGGCCACUUAGCAAGACCCCAUGUCAAAAUUAUAUAUAUAUAUAUAAUGUAUAUAUAUACAAUAUGCUGGACAUGUGACUCAUGGCUAGAGAAUGUGUCUAGCAUGAUCGGGGACUAAGUUCUCACCCCAGCACUAAAUAAAUAAAACCAAGUCAACAGCCAUCAAGCAGAUAUAUCCCAGGCCGCCCAGGAUGUGUGUCCUCCCUUGUGGUGGGAGGCAUGAAUUCUGACCCCUGUGACUGUGCAGCCUGACCCCGCAUAUGUUCCUGUGUGUUUGUGUGGUCUCCCCUUGUUUGGGGCUCAUACUGGGUAAGAGGCCCAGGAUAGCCAGCUUGCUUCUCUGUUAUGUUACCAUGCAUUUCUAAAACCACUCCAGCUGUUAAUCUGUUUGCGCCUCCAUCCAUGGACUUGUUUCUGUUCUUUUCCAUCCACUUUGUACUCAUUUGUUUUCAUUAAAUUUUGCAUUUAUUUUGA